ACAUGAGACCAUGGAGUAACCCAAGUCCCCAACCCCUUAUCAAACUCAGACGGCGCAAAACCCUUCCCAUUCCCCCCGGACCCGUCCUUGCCGAACUGCCAUCGCCGAGCUGCAUCGUCUCCGUCAAGCAUCAUCUCGUUCAGGGUGGGUUGCAUCAUUGCUGUCUCACCUCGCAGAUGGCUUUGAGAGGUGCAUGGCAACUUCAAAAGCUGAUUGUGAGCUAUUGUGAUUGGGGGGGCAGUAGUAGGGGCAUCAGGGCAUUUAUGGAGUUGCACCUGCCAGCAUUUAAAGAGAAAAAUCCUCAGCUAGAAGUUGUUGAUGAACUCAUUCGUGGUCAACAUCCGCAUUUGCAAGGCUUUUACCGGAACAAAAACCAACGGACGAUAUGUGUGAAGAAUAUGGAUCCAGAAGACAUACUUCUACAUGCAACCAGGCUAAGGAAUGCAUUGGGAAGAAAGGUGGUGAAAUUAAAGACAAGACAUGUAACCAAACAUCCUAGCGUUCAGGGCACAUGGACAACAGCUGUGAAAUUUUGAGGCACUAGAAAUUGCUCCAUGAGGAUCUUCUAUUUGUGUGUUCUUGUAAUUCUGUUUAGUCUUAAUUACAGGCCUAGUGGAACCUUGUAAGAGCUAAUGAUGAUGAUCAUAUGUGCAAUAUGGCUAAUACUGCUGAAUAAUGACAUGCAGAAGGGUAUUCAGGAUCUCGUGUUGUGGAGCACGUGUUGUGGAUCGUAUUUGUCCAAAUAAAUUUUGGGUUGUUUGGGGUUUGGCUACUUA